AUGGUGCCUGAAGUUCUUGAUGAAGGCAUCAGCACUGGCGUUGAUGUCUUCAGUAGCCAUGUUCUCUACUUUCUUUGCAUGUGUCUCUUUCUUCUCUUCCUUUCCAUGAUCCUUUGGAAAACUUUCAUGAUGAUUCAUGUAGCUCCUUCCCAUUGUUGUUGCUUGCUUCUCACAACCCAUGAACACUCCCUUGAGGUGGUUGGUGGUGAAGAUUUGCAUUACAAUCUGCACAAAGCGAGAAAAAAGGGCAUGGAAGCCUUGCACUUGCACCGCGUGCUUCGCAUGGUUGUUCCCCAAAACUUCAUCUUUUUGCGCUCAAUAGCCACCCCAUUAUCCACAAUUCCCAUUGCAAGGCCACCAUUACGUUGGAUCUCAGUAUCCUCCCAAACUUGCAGUGCCAGAGCAGGGUGGUUUUUGGGUCUUGGAGCAGAUAACAAGAAGACAAAUUUACCUGACAUCGUCAAAGCCGGUGACCCUGUUCUGCACGAGCCCGCCCGGGAAGUUGAUCCCAACGAGAUAAAGUCGGAGAAAGUGCAGAAGAUCAUUGAUGACAUGGUUCGGGUCAUGAGGAAUGCUCCUGGAGUUGGUCUAGCUGCUCCCCAGAUUGGAAUUCCUUUCAGGAUAAUUGUUUUGGAAGAUACCAAAGAGUUUAUUAGUUAUGUCUCGAAGGAAGAGGCUAAAGUCCAAGAUAGAAGACCUUUUGAUCUUCUGGUCAUCCUAAACCCCAAGCUAGAGAAGAAGAGCAAGAAGACUGCUCUAUUUUUUGAAGGAUGCUUGAGUGUUGAUGGGUUUAGAGCAGUGGUGGAGCGAUCCCUUGACGUUGAGGUUACUGGUUUGGAUCGCAAUGGUACGCCAAUCAAAAUAAAGGCUUCUGGCUGGCAGGCCCGGAUUUUACAACAUGAGUGUGAUCACUUGGAUGGAACUCUGUAUGUUGAUAAGAUGAUACCUAGAACUUUCAGAACUGUGGACAACCUGGACCUGCCUCUUGCUCAGGGGUGCCCCAAACUUGGUCCUCGUUAA